AUGAACAAGAGAGUCCUCCGAACAAUCACAAAUGACAAAUCUAAGGAGAUUUCAACAAACAACAACGAAAUUCAAGGAGAUAGGAGCUGGAAUUCAACCAUAGACUGGACUCAACUUCCAGGUGAUAUAAUUAUUCAUCUGUUUUCUCUUCUGAAUUAUCGCGACAGGGCGAAUUUAUCUUCUGUUUGCCAAAAUUGGUGGUCUCUCGGUGCUUCACCAUGUUUAUGGUUGUCACUGGAUCUUCAAGCCCACAAAUUUGAUAUCUCCACAGCCCCCUCUCUUGCAUUUAGAUGUUCUUCCCUUCAGAAACUUUGUUUUGAUGGAGAAGAAUCUGCUGAGGCGAUAAUCAGUCUCAAAGUAAGGACUUUGAUUGAGAUAAGAGGUAACUUUUAUGGGAGAGUCAACGACGUAACUUUAUCUAUAAUUGUAGAUAUGAAUAAGUUACUUGAAGUCAUCGAAUUCAAUUCAGGCUACUAUAAUGGAAUCAGUAGUGAAGGAAUCAAAUCAAUUGCUAUGUGCUGUCUUAAUCUCAAGAAGCUUUGGCUUUCAGACGUGAAAGAUGUUAACUCAAUAGCGAUUAAUGCUCUAAGUAACAAUUGUCGCAAUUUGGUAGAUAUCGCAUUUACGGAUUGUGGAAGAGUGGACGAGAUAGCACUGACAAAACUUCUAUCAGUUAAAUUUCUCUCAAUUGCUGGAACAAAAAAGUUGGAUUCAAAUCUAGUUAUAGAGCAUUGGAUUAAGUUUGCAAAGUUGUUAGCUUUGGAUAUUUCAAGAACACCUAUUAGUGCAAAUGCUAUUGAUAGGUUACUUUCCUAUUCUCCAACUUUAAAGGUCUUAUGUGCUCUUUACUGCCCGAAAUUGGAAGUAGAUGUGAAUUUUAGCCCUAGAAAUGAAAUGGGUAUAAAGUUGAUAUCCAUGCUAACUUGCAUACCGAAAUUGUUGGAUUCUCAAGAUAUCUUGAUCAUGCCAUGGAUUGAACAAGUUUUAUCGCGUUCGCUUCUUCAUUUAGCAGCAAUGAAUUAUCUCUCCAUGAAUUACUUUUGGAUUAAAGAAGGUCUAACUUUAAUGACUAAUUUCUUAAAAAGUUCAGAAGAGGAUGUACAGAAAAGGGCGAUUAGAGGAAUUGCAUUAUAUGUAACAACUCCUUUUGAUGGAGAAGUUGAUUAUGCUACACAUGAUCAAAGAAUAGAGGCAAUACUAGAUGGAAUGGCAAGCAUUUUAAAUUUAGUAAAAUCAUCAAGUGAAGGAGUUCAAUUAGAAGUGAUGAAGGGAAUAAAUAUGCUGUUUUCGAAUGAAAAUUUUGUAAUUGUGACCUUCGAAGAAGGGGUUAAAGUUAUAAUGAAAUUGCUGGAGUCUACGAAUAAAUCUAUCAUUGAGGAGGCUAGUAAUGGAUUAAGGUAUUUGCGUGAAGGAGUGCGCGAAGAAAUGUUAGAGAAUGAAUAUAAGAAUAUUAUUUACGAGUGCGGUGGUUUAGAAAUAUUGAAAAACCUUCUACAAAGAUGGACUUCUUUAAGCGAAAAUGUGUUGGGAAAUGUUGUUGGUACACUAGCAUGUAUGACAUCAGAUGAAAAAAUAAGCAUAGAAAUUACAAGAAAUGGCUGCUUAAAUGCCCUUGUGACUAUUACUCAAGAGUGCUUGUUUGUUGGAGUAUUGGAGCUGAUUGCUUUUGUCUUUGCUAACUUGACAAGAAUGGUACAUACAAAUGAAAAAAGUAUAAUAGUUGGACACAAAUUAUGUGUCUUUCAAGGACUCGUAGGAUUCAUUCGUUCACAAGAUAAACAUAUCUGUGAAAAAACUGUUGAGGCACUUAAUAACUUGUCAUUUGAUGAACGGAACCGGGAAGAAAUUGUAGCGGUUGAUGGCAUUGAAGCUCUGGUUUAUUUAGCAAAGGAAACUACCAAUUAUUCAUGGAAAAAAUGGAAGAGAGUUAGUGGGGUUGAGAAUUUGGACGAGAGCUCAAAACCUAAUAACAUUGCUAUAGGACAAAUUAGACAUUUUGGAAGUCAAGUGUCUGAUGCACUCUCUAUUAAGGAUGAUAUACAUGUGACUAUAAUGAGAACUCUUUGGAAUCUCGUAUUCAAGCCUGAUAUUGCUCUUCGUUUAGUUGAAAAAAAAGGGAUUCAAGUUCUUGUUCGCAUUUGUUUGGUUUCCGGAUCUGAACUAGCACGAUUCUUGGCUGUUUUAGUAAUGGCUUACAUUUUUCAUAUCCUUCCGGGAGGAUGCACAUACACUAUAAGAAAUCCGACUUUAAGGAUUGGAAUGAAGCAUAUUGAAGAUUUUAUUAACAGUUUCUUGGAAGAUGAAACCCUGAAAUGUGAUUAUUUAUCUUUAAGAACCAUCGAUUUGAAAAGAAUUGUCCAAUUUGCUCGUAUAAAGAAUGUGUAUCAAUUGGAAUGCAGUGAGGAUGAAAUUGCACGUUUUGUUAACAUGUUAAGAAGUUCUUCUUCCCCGAUUAAGUCUUGUGCUAUAUUCGCUCUAAUGCAGUUUACUGCAUCAGGUUACAAGAAUAGAGGUUACAAGAAUAGAGAGCAUCAUAUUGAUCUUAUAAUUAAAGACAAGGAAACGAUUAGGAUUUUGCGUUCAACAUCAAAAUGUUCUAGUGCAUCUUUUGCAGCCAAAACUUUCUCCAAAAUCCAAGUUGCAGAUCUCCUUGCCUCCUUUGGCUCUACUUUCUCCGUUGAAGACAUGACUGAUCAUGUCUUGCGUAACCUCGACAAUAAUUAUAGAGCUAUCAUUGAUGGAGUCGAUGCAAGGGACACUACCGUUCCAUUUGAUGACCUCAUUGAGAAACUUCUCAUUCAAGAACUCUCCCUUAUUGCUAUUCAACGUCCCUCAAACCAGUCCGAGUAUAGAGCGACGCCAAGGCCAACUUCAGCUCUCCAUACUCCAUCCCAUAAACCAACCCAUGGUCAGUACCCCCUAAAUCCCCUAGAGGAGGUCUUGGCUCCCCCACCAUUCUCUGGCCACUACGAGUCCCCUUCCUCACCAUCCGCACAAUGUUUUGUGCCACAAUCUCAACCUGCUAUCAACCCUCAUAGGAAACCCCAACCCAAUGGGGGUGGCAUCAUCAUCCGAUCUAAAAACAACAUUGUUAAACCCAUCAAGAAGCUUAAUCUUCAUGUCCAACCCUCUUUUCAACUCGAAUUCAACAACAUCACCCAAGCUCUCUGCGACCUUGAUUGGCGCUCAACUAUACAAGCUGAGUUUGACGCCUUACACCGCAACAACACUUGA